UUCAGACCAAUCAGAACCAACGAAUUUUGCUUAGCGAAUCAGAAAACAUGUGGUAAUCUUCCUCCUACGCACUCAACCAAUCAGAUAAUGAAAUGUGUUUUGUGCAUUUUGUGGUAACUUUGUUUAUAGAGGGCGCGGCUACAGAAGCAAUGGCGAGAAAAGAUGAUCAAAAACUCGCCGAGGGUUUAGCGUGUAUACGCGAGGCUGAAAAAUGCAUGAAGACAUCAUUGUUCCAAUGGAAACCAGAUCUAGAUGGAGCAGCAGAUGAGUACAAGAAAGCAGCGAUGGCAUUUAAAGGUGCAGGAGCUACUGAUCAAACAAGAGACUGCUACAUGAAAGCAGCUGAUGCCUACUUAGAAAACAAAAAUUUAUACCAUGCAGGAAAGUGUUACGAAGCUGCCGCAUAUGUUUUCCGAGAACAAGGCGACCUUGAUGAAGCUAUUAAUCUAAUAGAGAAGGCCAUUGCCCUCUACAGAGAGCAGGGAACUGCGGACAGUGCAGCACAAGCUUACGAUAAAGCUGGAGAUGUGUUGGCAGAAACGAGGCCUGAGAAAGCAAUAGACUUCUACGUUCAAGCCUACGAGGCGAUGUCUCUUGAGGACAGACCAAAGCAGUGCUGUGACCUACUGAACAAGGCAAUCAAAGUGAUGAUUAAACACAGAAAGUUGGAGAUGGCUAUGGGCGCAAUAAAGAAAAGCCAAGAGUGCUACACGUCGCUCGACCUGCUGCCGCAAGUCUUCAGAUUGACUGUCGCCGCUGUGCUCGUGCAGUUAGCCCUCGGGGACCUGAUUGCCGCGGAGAGAGCUUACGGGGACAGUCUCAACUGCCCGGGUUUCAACGAUUCGGACGAGUGCAAGAUAGUGAAGGUGCUGCUGCGGGCGUAUGAUGACUGUGACCAGGAGACGGCCGACAAGGUGCUGAACGGACUCUACGUGCGACACAUGGAGAACGUGUACGCUCAGCUCGCCCGCACAAUACGUGUACCGGGGACCAUUAAGAAGAAAGAGUUGCCGACAGGAGAGGGGGCGAAUCAGGGAGCUGCUGCUGAAGAGGACGAUGAGGAUGAAUAUGCCGGUGGCAUUUGCUAAAUGCUUCACGAAGAUGAAGAACACUGAGAAUCCAAGCAAACCACAGCUCCUAAACAAGAACAUGAUUUAUGAGGAAAGUCGCGGGGUGGGAGCUUUGCUCUACACGCGGAUGGUGCCUUUGCCUAAGCUUACUCUGAUCGCUAUUUGACACAUUUUUCCCCGAUUCAUUCUUCAUUCUCAUCUUUGCUUCAUUGUGCACCAGUUUAUUAAACAGUACCAGGUUGCCUUUUGGUAUAUUUACCAAGCACUUUAUACAAGCACACUUGCCGACCCAAACAAAUUUGGGAACUACAGUGCUAGCUGUCAGAUGUGUAUGAAACAAGUUUCCAUUUUUACAUUUACAUGGCUUCUCCAGUAUAACAUGCAUGUAUUAGUGAAACAUGCAAUUCUACGCAUUUAGUAUAUGCUAAAACGAGUAAGUUUAAUAGGUGGUUAGCUUUCUGGUAUUAGCUUAACAGUAUUCUAGCAGUAUAAACAACUUGUGUGUUAUUGAGAAAGUAUGGAAAAACUAAACCUCAUUAAUUGUGCGCAUUGACCAUAUGCAGUUAUUGUAAAGUAUGUCGGAUUAUGUGAAGUGUUUACUGUAAAUAUAGAAAAAGCUGUACAAUUUCGUUUUCUUUAGUCAAAUAUACAAUUUUUGGUGUAAUGUGUACAUAUAAAACGUAUGGUCGAUCGUAAUAUAAUAUUAGUGUAAUAUGUAAUAUUCUAUUACAUCAUGUUGUUGCUGCCAUAUUGGUUUGGUCUUGCGCAUUUAAAAACUUGGCUUUGACUUUGCCUGUUAUCAGUUCUAAUAAUUUGUCUCAUAGUUUGCCGGUUUACGCAUUUGUGUAUUUUUACCACAGGUUUGAUGCGUAUUGGUGUAGUUUCCACCUAAUUAUGGCAUUAUAUUUCGCACCUAUAUUGAAUCCUUUGCUUAAAAAUGGCAUGCCUUGUAUCAAGUUUCAUUUUUGUCAAAUUGUAAAAGGCGAAAUUGUAAAAUACAACCAUAUAUACAUAA